GUCUCCUAAAGUCCAGAAGCUACUUACUACUGAAUUUUAACCUUGCUACCAGCUAAAGAUGUAAACAAAUCCACAAAAACCUUAAAAAUUGAAUGAAAAACAAGUUGUAAUCAAUGGAAAUCGACAUUAAAAAGGUGUGUCGUGUUUGUCUCAACAAAGGCAACAUGAUGUCAGUGUUCAAAGUGAAUAUUUCAAAGAAAAUCAUGUCUUGUGCUUCAGUCCAAGUAUGGCCAGAUGAUGGUUUACCAAACCAAAUCUGCAACAAAUGCACAGCCAGGUUGCAUAUAUCCUUCCAAUUCAAGAAACUCUGUGAGAAAUCCGACUCAAAACUGCGUGAAAUCAUAAUAAAAAGCAAAAAUCCGCCUAAUGAAACACAAUUAGACACAAUACAAGAACCACCACAAGUUGCAAUCAACAAUAGCAUGUACAUUGAAUGUGUGCCAAUCAUUACACCGAAUUUUAUCUCGAUUGGUGAGCAAUCACACGAACCACAUGUGAAUUUCAACACAGAAACCAAUGAAAAUAUUGUACAAUACAACAGUGUGAAUAAUGUGUAUCAAAUGCCUGUUGUACAGCUAGAAUCCAUGCAAACACCAAGUCAGAUUCAACCAGAAGUACAAAUUAACAAUAUGAAUGUAAAUGUCAACGUAGUUAAUGAAACAAGUAAUAAUUGUACUAAGAAACAAUCUGAUAUGCAAUGUAAAGUGUGUGGGAAGGUUUUAAGUAGUUUAUCAAAACUAAAUCGACAUAUGUGUAUUCACACAAAAGAUCCACCUUAUAAAUGUAAUGUUUGUAUGAAAGGAUUCACGCAUUGUGGGAAUUAUAAAGUGCAUAUGCGGAUGCACAACGAUGAAAAACCCUUUAAAUGCAAUACUUGUGGACACAGUAGUCGACAACAAGCUGAUAUAGAAAAACACAUGAGAACACACACAGGUGAAAGACCACAUGGAUGCCAUCUUUGUACGAAAGCAUUCGCCACACGGUCGAAUUUAAUCGCACAUAUAAGAACACACACUGGUGAACGUCCGUACGUGUGCUGUGUGUGUCAGAAAGCGUUUUGUCAGUCGAAUGAACUCACGAAACACAUGCGAACGCAUACAGGUGAAAAAACGCAUGUGUGUGAUGUGUGUCAGCGUGGAUUUAAUGGUGCUAGUUCUUUGAAAGCGCAUAGAAGGUUGCAUACCGGUGAAAAACCUUAUUCAUGUGGGGUUUGUGAUAAGUCUUUUGCGCAGUCCCAGUCGCUUAAGGUGCAUAUGAAGAUACAUAAUGUAGGAGGUGGAAAUAUGGAUGGGGAAUUUAAUAAAACAUGAAUAUUUAAAAAAACAUCAAGUUUUUCAUGUUUUUUUGAUUGUAUGCAAGCAGAUUUAUACAAAAAUGAGGUUAGAGAGUGAAGAGAGUGUAGUAGACAUUGUGAUUUAGCUAUGACAGCGCAUUGUGCACUGUGUGUUGCCUAUAGUAACAAAUAAAUAUAUCCCUACUAAUAUUAUAAAUGCGAA